UGUCGAUGUCUGCUAUUAUUUUGGCGCGAAAUAUUAUAACCGUAAUCGUUGCCGUGAUGAGCGAACGAUGACCGCAAAUUCAGGGCUCUAAACGUCUGAAACAAAUUACAACGAAUAUUUGGUGAAUUAUGAAAAAUAGGCUGUUAAAUAUCGAUACGUAGCUGGACAAUAGAAUGACGACUACAGAAACACCAGUAAACGUUCAUAGUGAUUUUCAAUCAAUGGGUGAUGAUGACUCUAGCUCAGGAGAUGAUGUUGUACAGCGGAAAGGUAGAAGUAAACUCUUACUUUCCGACAGCGAAGGAGAUGAAGGUGAUACUGCUUCUGCAGAACUGAAAAUGGUUGACGGAAGUGUUGCUGGUCGCAAGGAAACAACAGGUUUAGAAAAGUGUGAAGUGUCGGAUGUUGAACAUAUGGGCUGUGGAGAUACUAAGAGGUCAGAAGAUGUAUGUGACGGCGAACAAAAAAGUAGCGAUAUACCCAAAAAAUCGAAAGAAGAGGUAGACGUUACUACAAAUUUUUCCAAAACGAUAUCACAGAGCAAUGAAAAUGUCGGAAAUAAAGACAAGCCUGGGAAUCCAACUAGGCUUUCACAUAUACUAGACAGUGAUUCUGAAGAUGAAGAUUUCAAUUCACUGUUUAUAAAAAAGGUAGCCAGUAAGAUCCAGAACUCUUCUCAGCAAACUAUUAAUUCCGAUGACUUUUCCCAAACAAUUGGUGGUCAAAAAAGUGCAAAUGGUAAUAAACUGAAAAGAGUUAUAACAAGUGAUUCAGAAGACGAGAAUGUCGGUGAUGAUAGAGAACCUCCAAGCAUUACCAAUGUGGCUGAUAAAAUUAAAAAUAAUAAAAAUAUUUUGAAACCAGGUAAAAUUAGCGCACUAAUUGAUACGGAUUCUGAAGAUGAUAUUCCAACCAGGCGUGAAUUUGAAGCAUCAUUAAAUGAAAAUGACCAUUCCACGACAUCGACUAAUCUUACAAGCAAAAAAGGAAAGUCGGAGAAGAAACGAAGUGGAUCGAUUAGAGCAGCGAAGGAAGAAGCGAUGCGUGAGAUACAUAGUGAAACGCAGAGAAUGCUAAGAGAAAGCCAGGUUUAUCUACCUUAUCAUAGACCCAGACAACGCACGCUACAAGAAUUUUUGAACAGAAAAAAAAGUUUGCCAAAACUACCUGCAACACUGGCUGCUGCAGCUAAAGUUAGAAUGUCUGGCGAGCUUGUGGGGAAAGUUUUGGAGGAGAAGGAGAAAGAAGCAAAACUCUUUUACAAAUCAUCGUCAGAGUCGGAUAGCGAAGACCCUGGUUCCGCUGCCACCAACACUCAGCUACAAGCAAAGAUUGUUAAUAGUGAUGUGAAAACGAUUCCUAUCAAAGACACUCAGAAAGUCACAACUAAUGACCUCCAAAAUUGCCAGAAUAAAAAAGAAAUUCUUAAACAAGGAGACAAGAACAUUGGUGUGCCAAGGAAAUUGUUUAGUUCUGAGAAUGAAUCGAAGGUCGUUGAUUGUCCCUCGCCUAUUGAAGAUGAUGAUUUUGAAGAAACGACAAGUGUAAUUACACACCCUAAUCAACGACGUAAAGAAUUUAAACAUGGUCUAAACAGUGUUAGCAUACCAAGAAAAUUAUUUGAAUUAGAAUGUGAAGAGCCAACAGAUGCUGAUAUUAUAACAACCAAGGAAAGUCAGGAGGAUAUUAAUACCGCUGACAAAGUUCAGGAAAAUUUCGAGGAUUGCAGUAAGCAAUUAACAAAUUUAAUUGAGUCAGAUCCACUGGUAGAGAGUCAAAAGGCUGAUCAACUUGUGAAUAAUCAAACCACCAGGACAAACGAACCAACCGAAGAUGAGGAAAAUUUUGAACUUAAAAUGUCGGAAGAUCCUUAUGAACUGGCGGAUGAUAUGACAGAUCUGCAAAGCAAUAAAGUUACGGACGUUGUUGAAAAUAAAUUUGAAUCUAUAAUAGACACGCCGUUCAUAAAUAAUAACGAGGUUUUUGAAUUAAACGACAAAAGGAAAACAGAAUUUGAGAUACGUCACGCUAAUAAAAUUUUGGCAGAGAAUAACAAAACUAAAUCUAAUAAACUUCACUUGAGUUCAGUAGAGUCUUUUCAGUUAUCAUCAAUUGGAAGCAAGUCGCAGUGCAGUAAAGAAGAUCGCGAAGGUGAAGAUGAACCAACAGGUCAUGUUUAUGGAUUACCAGUACCAGAAUUUGACAUCGAAAAACCCAGAGUAAUGAAAACUCUAAUUCUACCUAGCAUAAUGAAAUUAACUCCGAAACUUCAAGGAUCGCCAGGUAUGAUGGUUGAACUGUCGUCUCCGAAAGCUGGUCUUGAAGAAUUGAGGAAAAGAUUUAUAAAACACUCCAUUAAAAAAACGCCCAAUUCUAGUUCAGAAGUUACUGUAAUGCACACAGAAGAGACCGCAAGCGGUCUGAAAGUUAUAAAUGAAGUUCUGCCAUAUAAUGCACCAAGUAAUGAGAAAAACGAUGUUUCGGAGUUGAGCAAACCUGGCACAAAAUUCGUACGCUUGAAGAAAGAGUUGCAACAUCAGAUGGCGGUACAACGCACCAAUGAAUGGAAACAAAAAGAAUUAGAAAUUGAAAACUCAAAGAACGAUAACGUUUACGACGAUGAGUUGUCUGAUUGUGAAAUGGCAGAUGAUCCUAACAAAGAUGAUGACCUGAGCGAUACUGAAAUAAGUGAACCUGAGGAAGAUGAUGUACCCAUCACAGAUAGAAAAACUUACAAGAGUUCUUUUUUGGAUGGGGAGGCUGAAGUUAGUGGAGAAGAAUUAGAAGAAAACCAAGAAGAAGAGUUCAGCGAAGUGGAUAAUACUGAGGACACGGACAGCAAUAAAAGUAUUAAUGAUAAUGAAGAUAUAUGUGAAGAAGAUGAGGAGAGUGAAAACGAAGAUAGUCAAAGCAAUAGUCAAAGCAAUAAGUUUAGCAGAUUAAAACGCAUAAUGAAAGCUUUCGAAGAUGAUGAUUCGAAUGAUUCUGAAGCAGAGGGUACUGGAACUGGUCUAAAUAAAGAGGAAAAAAAUAGUAUCAGGAGAACGAAAACAGAUGUUGAUAUAUUUGCAACUGACAACAAUAGCCAAGAUGAUUCAAUGAGUAGUACAGAGGGUGAUUUACCCGUGUAUCAACGAUCAGAUGAAAGAAGUCAGUCCUGUGCAACACCGUCAAUGACAAAUAAUUCACUUAGUAUGAUUUCACCGAUAACGCAAUUGACAGCUUUGAACACAGGCUCAGAAUUGACUAGUAUAGAUUUUAGAUCGGUCCAUAAUUCUUCGCAAUCAAUGGAGCCUUUAGGUGUGGGAGAUACCCCAGUAGAAGAAAAACAUUAUCAUACCUACAGUCCGGAGAAACGCGAGAAGUUGCAAAAAAAAUUGUUCGUCGAUAACAAGGGAUCACCAAACGAAACCGAAUUAAUGAGUUUAUGCUCUGGUCCAUUUUUCAACCCAAGUGAUAACAAUGAAUUGGAUAAACUGAUUCAUACGUCAAGAAAAACAAGCGUAUCUGAUGCAGAAUUACUGGAUUUAUGCUCAGGGACCUUUGCAACUCAACCUGUCAAUAUUGAAAAACUUGAAGCUUUGCAAACUGAGGAACAGGUGAUCGAAAAGGAAAAUGAAACAAGUGAUAUGAAAUUUUUAAGUUAUAGUGCAAAGAAAACGUUACAGCAACCUCGUUCAUAUUCGAAUCAACUUAAGAUAGUAUUUUCAUCCGAUGACGAGGAUGACACUGUUAAUUUGCAAUUAAAAAAUAGCAAGUUAAGAAAAUCAAGGAAAAAAGUAAAAACAUUGAAACUAUCCGAUGAUGAGGAGGAAGAUGACUGCGAAAUUGCGUUAAAUUUCAAUGAAAAACAAGAUGAUGACGAAAAUUUAGUUGACUAUGAUUCUGAAGAAAAUGAGAUAAUAGUACAAAAGAAGGAUAUAAAAAAAACUGCAGCUGGUUUCCUUGAUGGGGAGGCAGAACUAUCUGAGAGUGAAUGGGGAUCUUCCGAUGAAGAUGAAAAAGAUUUGGAUAAACUUGAUAUGGAAGAGGGAGAUUUAGAAGACAUUGACCAAGAUCAAGUUAAAAAACAAUUGGAAAAGAUGCAUAUGAAACAAGUAUUGGAUGAAGACCAGAGAGAAGUUAGACUGUUGCAGGAAAUUUUGUUAGAAGACGGUGAACUGCAUUCGGAUGGUGCCAGUCGCCAGCGAAAAUUUAAGUGGAAAAAUAUCGAUAAAUUGGAAGAUGAUAAUGAAAAAACGUUGCAGAAUAUAGAUGAAAAAGAUGAUGCUUUAGAAGAUCCUACUGAAGUAGAAAGUGAAUUAGAAUGGCGCAAACAGAGACUGGAACGUGAGCAAUUCUUAAAAGAGCAUAAGAUAAAUGCAGCUGAGAAAUUGGAAGAGGAAAUGGAUGAUAAUCAGUUAUUCGAACUUGGCCUGAGAGCCUUAAAGAGAAACAAAUGUAACAAGACUUUGAACAAAAAUACAUCAAUUGAUGGUGAAAAAACGGAUUUACCCGUUCCGCGUAAUACUGUUGCAGAUUUAUUUGCCAAGCCAGGUUCUGGAACAAAAACGUCUGCAAUACAAACCGCCAUUCAUCGAGGCUCGUUCUUAGCCAGGGGAGAAGAAUCCUUGGCUAGGCUUUCUUUAAUAACUAAGCAGAAUAAUGACCAAACCACCAUUAGAACAAAGAAUCCAAGAAAUUUUGUAUUCGCUCAUCUCAGUCCCGCCGUCGAAGUCUCGGCUGAAGACGAUACGGAGUCAUACUCCCAAGAAAAUAAUAACACUGCAGCUGCAAAGUCACGAAAACGGAAACCGGCAUUCAACAUGACGCGGCUUGCCUCGAAGAAAUCAAGGAAGGAAUCUGAUAAAAAUGGUAGAAGUAAGCUAUUCGAUUAAAAUGUCAAACAUGUAGGAAUAUUUUUUUACCUUGCAUAAAUGAUAGUGGUAACGAUGUAAAUAUAAUAUAGUCAAUUGCAAAUGCCCAUAGUGUAUUUGUACCUGUAUCAGUGCCAAUCAGUCACGAAAACCGGCAACCCUUAAAACAUCGACGUGAUGCAUGUUGCCUAUCCAGAGCUUGAGAGGCGGGAUCUUUUUUAAAUUUCCGAAAAUUUUUGAAUGACUACAAAUUAUAAUAAAAAUAUUUUCAGAAGGACUUACCGCAUUUUUGUUUGAAAUCUUGUAAACGUGGUUUU